GGCAAAUUGAGCGUUACCUUCCCAAAAUUCAGGAGGCGAUGCAUGUAAAAGUGAGUCUGUCGAAAGCACUCCACAUCCAUGUGUUUGGUUGACAUUUUGAGAGAUCCAAUGACCCAAAAACAAUUUCUCUCUUUUUCCCUCUUAACAAAAUAGAUCCAACCAAACAGUACCCAAAAAAAAAAAAACCAAUAAUAACAUAAUCACACUCAAGCUCUCGAAAAUUGACGCAUGAAAUCAGGUCUUCAAAAAAUCCCCCAUUUUUUGAAAACCUGAUUUCGUGUCUUCCAUAACCAUUCCUUCGUUCUUGUAGAAGAAGAAGAAGAAGAAAGGGGAAAGAUGGGGUGCUCGUUUUCAGGGUUGAAUGCUCUGUACGACGCCGUUAAUGGCGGAGGAGACGUUUGGAUCAACGAGAACCGCUUCAGGAUCAUCAGGCAGCUCGGAGAAGGUGGAUUCGCCUAUGUCUUUUUGGUCAAAGAGGUCGUCACCGACACUUCCGCUAAUGGUGGUGGUCUCGCCAAGAAAGUCAAGGACUCUUCUCAUCUCUCUGAUGAUGGGACUUAUGCUAUGAAAAAGGUUCUGAUUCAGAAUAGUGAGCAGUUGGAGUUGGUCAGGGAGGAGAUCCAUGUUUCAUCCCUGUUCUGCCAUCCGAAUCUGCUUCCACUUCUUGAUCAUGCCAUUAUUGCUGUCAAGGCUACACAAGAAGGAUCUUGGAAGCAUGAAGCGUACUUGUUAUUUCCAGUUCAUUUGGAUGGAACAUUGUUGGACAAUGCCAAAACUAUGAAAGCUAAAAAGGAGUUCUUCUCUACCUCAGAUGUUCUUCAUAUUUUCCGGCAGCUUUGUGCAGGACUGAAGCACAUGCACAAUUUAGAUCCACCAUAUGCACAUAACGAUGUCAAGCCUGGUAAUGUCCUUAUAACUCAUAGAAAAGGACAACCACCACUUGCCAUACUGAUGGAUUUUGGCAGCACUCGACCUGCAAGGAAGCAGAUCCGCUCCCGCUCUGAGGCUCUACAAUUGCAGGAAUGGGCAUCCGAGCAUUGUUCAGCACCUUUCCGAGCUCCUGAGUUGUGGGACUGUCCAAGCCAGGCAGAUAUUGAUGAGAGAACUGAUAUUUGGUCGUUAGGAUGCACCUUAUAUGCAAUAAUGUAUGGAGUAUCUCCAUUUGAGUAUGCCCUUGGCGAAUCUGGAGGAAGCCUACAAUUGGCCAUUAUCAAUGCCCAGGUGAAGUGGCCGGCAACCGGACCUAAUCCUCCAUAUCCAGAAGCUCUUCACCAGUUUGUGACAUGGAUGCUUCAACCUCAGGCUGCAGUUCGCCCUCGUAUCAAUGAUAUCAUAAUCCAUGUCGAUAAGUUGAUCUCAAAGUACUCUCAUUGAGAUUAAUAUACAACCAAA